AUGCCUGGUCAAAUGCCUGGUCAAAUGCCUGGCCAGAUGCCGGGCCAGAUGCCGGGCCAGAUGCAAGGUCAACCACCUCAGAUGCCAGACUUCCAACAAAUGCAGCAAAUGCAGCAAAUGCAGCAGCAAUUCCAAGGAGGCAUGCCAUUACCCCCACAACCACCACAAGCACCUCAACCACCACAACCACAGCAGUUACCACCAUCAAACAUGGGUAAAGAUCAUGGUAAGAUGUUUAUCGGUGGUCUUAAUUGGGAUACAACUGAACAAGGAUUGGUUGAGUAUUUCACUAAAUAUGGUGAAGUUAUCGAUCAUACUAUUAUGAGAGAUAAUAAUACGGGUAAAUCCCGUGGGUUUGGUUUCUUAACUUUCAAAGAUCCGAAGUCGGUUGAUGAAGUUAUUAAAACUGACCACAUAUUAGACGGUAAAUUGAUUGAUCCUAAAAGGGCCAUUGCCAGAGAAGAACAAGACAAAGUCGGUAAGAUUUUUGUUGGUGGUAUCGAUCCAAUGGUUAACGAAAAGGACUUCAAUGACUUCUUUUCUCAAUUUGGUAGUAUUAUUGAUGCCCAAUUGAUGAUUGACAAGGAUACUGGUAGAUCGAGAGGUUUUGGUUUUAUUACUUAUGAUUCACCAGAUGCUGUCGAUAGAGUUACUGUGAAUAAGUACUUAACUUUGAAGGGUAAAUCCAUGGAAGUCAAGAGAGCAGAACCAAGAGGCCAACAUCAACAGAAUCAAUUACAGCAACAACAGCAACAACAACAGCCAUAUAAUUAUGGUAACUACGGUAAUCAAUAUGGUCAAACGCAAUAUCAGCAACCAGGUAUGGCUGCUUAUGGUCAAGGGAUGAAUGGUAUGUCACCCGAAAUGAUGCAAGAAUAUUGGCAAAGAAUGCAACAAUGGUACAUGUAUCAGCAACAACAACAAGCUCAAGGCAAUACCGGUGAUUACAAUCAGCAAUCAGAGCAACCUGAACAACCAUUGAAUCCUCAGCAACAAGCCUCCAGCGAGCCUCAAGACAAUCAAGAGGCAGAAAAUGGAUCUGACAGUUCUGGCACUCCAAGUGGACCAUCAAGAAGAAUGAAUUUACCAAAAGGACCAAGAAGAGCUCCACCUUCCGGCCCAUCUGGUAAUUCGAGAGGUAGAGGUGGUUACCAAAAUAGAAAUAGAGGAUACCAUCCAUAUAGUAGGGGUGGAAGAAGAUAA